AUGCCCAAAAGUCUCAUUGCGGGCGUCAUGUGGGGGAAGCUGGAAGAUGUAGAGACGACACUCCGACAUGACGUGAACCAGAGCGACGGCAUGGCCAAAUACGGCUGGAUCUCAUACGAUACACGAGAAGGCGGCCGACAAAUGAUAGAAGACGUCGGAAACAAGAUAAACCUCAUAACCGAGUUCAUAAAGCACUCUGAAGGCCAGAGCCAGGGGAAUUGGGGGUUGCGCAUCAAGGGCAUGCCCAGGCCUGAUGCGCCGAAAGAUCUCACGACUACCGUGGUCUUCUACAUUGGCAUGGAGGCCAUGGAAGCCUGUGCCGACUGCAAGCUCGAGGCGCGUCAACAGUUUGAGGCCGAUGAGAAGACGGUUCAAGCUGUGAAUAUGAAUAUUGCGCAUCCGAAGUUGGGUAAUGCGGGUAUUCAUAUCCCUGUGCCCAUCAAUGCAGAUGAGAAACGUGAAAUAGCGUAUAUCAAGACGCUGAACGUUACGGAAGAUAGGCUGUGGCAGGGUAAAUCCACCUUCUUGGAGUCGCUGAAAGACCAAACGAAAGACCGCACCGAGCCAGGACCAAAUGAUAUCGUACUGCGCAACGCUCCGGGCAACGGCAAUUUACAGUUAGUGCAGAUGGUGUGCCAUGGGGAGUUCGAGUUCGACAUCCUGUACUCGAGUGAUACUGCGAAACGAGCCAUGACCUCCGCCGGUCUUACCACCAGUCUAGAGGAAACCCUCGCAUCCUUCGCCAAGAACUUCGACGCAGUGUUCACCCCGAAAACUCCCUUCACAACCGUCAUGCACCGCGCCUUCUCUCGGAAUACUUUCUCCAAUCUGCUAGGUGGACUAGGCUACUUUACUGGCACUGCAAAGGUCGACACGUCGAAGAAGGCCAUAUACGCUGAGACCACUGCAAACUUCUGGCAAAAGUCGGUCGAUGCGAAGAAGCAUACAACACCGGAGACGAAAGGCCCGUAUGAGCUCCUCACUCAUACGCCAUCUCGUGCAGCAUUUCCUAGAGGAUUCCUGUGGGACGAGGGGUUCCAUCUCUUUCUUGUCAUUGAAUGGGAUGCUGAUCUCGCUCUCGAGGUGAUACGCGACUGGCUCUUAAACCUCAUGGAUGAUGAUGGCUGGAUAGCAAGAGAGCAGAUCCUAGGCGCGGAAGCCGAGGGUGCAACGCCUGCUGAGUUCGUCACCCAAUUUCCACACAUUGCGAAUCCGCCAACGAUGUUUCUGGUCAUCUCAAAGUUCAUCGAUAUGCUGAAAGGCACGACAAAAUAUCAUGGUCACGACUCCCUGUAUCUCGCCAAAGCAGAGACUGGGAAAGCUUUGGUGACGAAGACGUAUCCGUACCUCAAGAAGCACUACGACUGGUUCCGGAGGUCACAAUCGGGAGAUGUGGAGGCCCAUUCAAUUCCAUCGGCCAAUUUGAAUGAAGGCUACAGGUGGCGUGGUCGAACACCAGGAACGAACUUUGCCAGCGGGUUGGACGAUUACCCUCGAGCGGAACCUCCCGACAUCACGGAGUUGCAUUUGGACGCCUUGUGCUGGGUGGGCGUCAUGGCACGAACACUGGAACGCAUCGCGUUCUUCACCGAAAACGCCCACGACGCGCUCACAUACCAAAACCACAUCCGCGGCGUCAAAACCAACAUCGACACCAUCCACUGGUCCAAAGAACCAAACACCUACUGCGACGCCGUAGUCCGCAACGACCUCCACACGCACGUCUGCCACAAAGGCUACAUCUCCAUCUUCCCUCUCCUCACCGGCUUCACCGACCCCUCACACCCACAUCUCCCCGCCAUGCUAACCCUCCUCCGCGACCCCUCCCACCUCUGGACCGACUUCGGCGUCCGCAGUCUAAGCCCCGAAGACGACGCCUACGGCAAAGACGACAACUACUGGCGCUCGCCCAUCUGGAUAAACAUAAACUACCUCCUCCUCACCAACCUCCUCGACCUCGCCCAAAUUCCCGGGCCCUCACAACAACGCUGCCGCGAGAUCUACAUCGAACUCCGCAGCAACAUCGUCCACACCGUGUUCAAUUCGUACCUCCAAACAGGCUAUAUCUGGGAGCAAUACGACCCUGUUAAAGGUGCUGGACAGCGUACCCAGCACUUCACGGGCUGGUCGGCGUUGGUGGUUAAGGUCAUGGCUAUGCCUGAUCUGGAGAGGGAUGACGGUGUUACGGAGAAGGUGAAGGGGUAUUAUGAGGAGGCGAAGAAGCAGGCGGGCAUGAAUCAGAGGACGGAGGCGGGGAGUGUGGUGUUUGCGGUGGUGUUUAUGGGGUUUGUGUAUGUGACUCGGAGGAGGUUUGCGGGGACUUUGAGGGGGUUGCGGAGGGGGAAGUGA